AUGUCUUCAACCUCACAACCCGCGGGCCAACCCGCCCUCCCUCAAACCCCGACCCCGACCCCCCAAAUCAUCACCAACGCAGCCUGGGCAGGCGUAGUCCUCUGCCCCCUCAUCAUGCUCAUGCCCCCUCGCCGCCUCGACUGGCGCACCUUCAUGCUCUGGACCGGCUUCUCCGCCUCGGGCAACCAGCUCAUCUACGACUACAGCGGCCAAUCCCUCAUGCAGCGCGUGCAGUCCCGCAUGGCCCGCAUGUUCCCCACCGCGCUGCCCGAGCAGGCGCAGCGCACCAAGCAGCUCCUGCGCGAGGAGCGGAUGCGCCGCGACGGAUUGACGGAGGAGCAGAUGCGCGCCAUCGAGUUCAAGAAGCGCAACCUCGCGCAGAGGCUGUGGUACGGUAGCGAGCCCGAGGACUGGGAGGCCAAGAGGGCUGCUGAGCAUGCCAAGGCGCUUGCUGAGGGGAAGGGGUUGGGUGAUUUGAUUGCCGAGCAGGUUUCUGAGGUCUGGAGCGGCGCUCGGAAGGAGGAGGAGGAGCAGCAGGGGAAGAAGUCGAGUGAGGAGAAGGGUGGCGAGAAGAAGCAAUAA